CCGAUUCUCAGUUUCUCACUGGCUAAAAGAAAGUGCUUGAAAGAAAGUUGUUGUUUGUGCCGUGGCUUAAACUAUUUGUGUGUUUCCUAAUCAGAAUUAACAACUUAAAGAUCGCAAAUUCGAAUAUGUUCGAAUAUAAUGGAUGAAUCUCUGUGUAUCUGCAUUCGAAGAAAUAAAUCACAGUCUUAAAGUCGGGAACAACUUUCUUCGCGGUUGAGGAAGUGAUUCUAGAUUCAAGAUUCAAGAUGUACUAUUUGAACAACGAGCCAGCGGCGCUUCCAUCUCCCGGAAACCUCGCCCUACGGGAUGUGCACUCAUCCACUUUGGAGCUGAAGACGGUGUCUAUAAAUCCGGAUGAUACCUACACUGUUCAGCAGGCGAUCAAUGCCUUCGGUUUCGGAUGGUUUCACGUCAAGCUGUCGCUCUUGGUGGGGCUGUGCUGGAUGUCCGACUCCAUGGAAAUGGCCAUUCUCAGCAUCUUGGGCCCGGCUCUGUUCUGCGAGUGGAAUGUCACCAAGUUCCAGCAGGCAUCCGUCACAACCGUGGUGUUCCUGGGCAUGAUGUUGAGUUCCAGUUUUUGGACACAGCUGAGCAACAGAUAUGGCCGGAAGUCGGCCCUCACUUUGUUUGGAGUACUGCUGGUGCUGUACAGCAUUCUCAGCUCGGUGGCUCCCAGUUACGCCUGGCUCCUGACCCUAAGGGGUCUCGUCGGUUUCGCCAUCGGCUGCGUUCCACAGUCAGUUACCUUGUACGCGGAGUUUCUGCCCACCAAGCACAAGGGAAAGUGCGUCGUAUUGAUGGACUGCUUCUGGGCUCUGGGAGCUUGCUUUGAAGUGGUCCUAGCACUGGUUGUCUACCCCUAUUACGGAUGGCGGGGUCUCUUGGCUCUUUCGGCUACACCCCUUCUCAUUUUUACCAUCCUAUCACCGUGGCUCAGCGAAUCGGCUCGCUAUUACUCCUACAACGGGCACAAUGACAAGGCCAUCAAGGUUCUGGAACAGAUAGCUCACAACAACAAGCGCCACAUGCUGAUGGGUCGGCUGAUGGCCGACGACGAGCCCAGUUGCGCGGAGAGCUUCAGAUCCCUGCUCAGCCCGAGCCUGUACAGGACCACCAUCCUGCUGUGGUUCCUCUGGCUGGCCUCGGCCUUUUGCUACUACGGCCUGGUGCUGGUCACGACCGAGCUGCUGGUGGCCAGGAACAAGGAGAGCCAUUCCAAUGAGUGCGUCACCUUCAUGACCUCCGACUUUAUGGACCUGCUGUGGAUCACCCUGUCCGAGUUUCCUGGAAUACUGCUGACCAUCAAGGUGGUCAAGCUGUUUGGCAAGAAGAACACCAUUGUCCUGCAGUACCUGGCGCUGGUUCUGUGCACCCUGGUGCUGAUGUCGGUGGAAAGUCGCUUCUCCACUUCCGUGACCCUCUUCAUUGCGCGCGGCACGAUAUCCGGCAUCUUCCAGGCAAUCUAUGUGUACACCCCGGAAAUAUAUCCCGCAGCCCUGAGAUCCGUCGGAGUUUCGGGCUGUUCCGUGCUGGCCAGACUCGGCGCCAUGCUGACCCCAUUCGUGGCGCAGGUGCUGAUGGACUCGUCCAGGAUUCAGGCCAUGUCCACGUACGCAAUCGUGGGCCUGCUGGCCUCCAUAGCCUGCGUCUUUCUGCCCAGGGAAACUGUUGGCUACCACUGAGUGCACUGAUUACCAUAACUUAUUACCUAUUGCUAUUAUUAAACCCAUUAUUAGUCCCUAGAA